AUGUCAGAUCCAACUGCGCCGCUCGAAGCGUUCAUCAAGAAGAUUUUUGCGUCGCUCGAUGCGUCGUUGUCCUCCAUCUCCCCGCCCCCAGCCUCCCCAGAGCAGUACAUCGCCCACUUUGUUCCACAGCUCAAGCAGACAUCGCCAGUGAUAGUCAAUGGCUCGCCUAUUGCUGGUAAAGGGCCGUUCCAGGCCUCCUGGGUGAAGAGUCCCUUGACUCAACAUCUGUUGACGAGCUACGACGGUCACGCAAUGCCUCCGAACGGCCAGCUCAUGGUGGUCAACUGCUCCGCUAAGGUUAGAUUUGACGAAAGUGGCCGAAACCGCAUGGGUGAAACCGCCGAUCUUCCCCAGGUCGUAGGAGCGGCUUCCACCGGGCCCGCCAGACCCUCCUGGGGCGACUGGUUUGGGGUUAAUUUGACCUUUAUUGUCGACUUGCCUCUGUUGAAGGCAAACGAUAUGGGAGAGUGUAUUGAGAGCUUGAACUGGCGCUGUACCUACAAGCCUGAGAGUUCUGUUGUGUCUAUAUCUGGUCACAGAUCUGCUCCAAAGUCUGACAACGUCUACUUGAAGUUGUUGGUCAAGUUGUACUCUUUCUUGGCUCGUCGUACCGAUGCUUCUUUCAACAAGGUUGUCUUGAAGUCUUUGUUCUUGUCCAAGAUCAACAGACCACCAGUGUCUGUCUCCAGAAUCAACCGUGCCUUGAAGCAAAAGGGUGCCGCCGAAAAGACCAUCGUUGUUGUUGGUACCGUCACCGACGACUCCAGAUUGUUGUCUUUCCCAAAGACCACUGUCGCCGCUUUGAGAUUCACCGCCGGUGCCAAGGCCACCAUCUUGAAGAACGGUGGUGAAGCUAUCACUUUGGACCAAUUGGCUUUGAGAGCUCCAAAGGGCCAGAACACCUUGUUGCUCAGAGGUCCAAGAAACGCCAGAGAAGCUGUUAGACACUUCGGUAUGGGUCCACACAAGAACAAGGCCCCAAGAAUCUUGUCUAAGGGUAGAAAGUUCGAACGUGCCAGAGGUAAGAGACACUCUAGAGGUUUCAAGGUGUAAGUUAGAUAACCCCAUCUGUCUGUCCUUCACUGUGACGCAUUUGCCGUGCAAACUGUUGGAUCGUUGGUUUUGUCAUGC